CUAGUCCUUCCUUCCUCCCCCACCUCCUUCCAGCCCACGCCCCCCACCCCGAUUCCCCCAAAUCUCCAUGCCGUUGCCGCUCACCGCGCCCUAGGUCAUGCCGUCCGCCGGGCCGUCCAUGUCGGCGGCGGAUGGGCUCCUCGCGUUGGCGGAGGAGGCCGAGCGCCGCCGCGACUUCACCACCGCCACCUCCUGCCUGGAGUCGGCGCUCAGCCCGCCCCACGCCGCCUCGCUCCUCCCGCUCGCCGAGGCCCGCGCGCGGAUGCGCCUCGCCGGCCUGCUGCUCGCCCGCUCCAAGGGGCUCGCCAACGCCAAGGCCCACCUUGAGCGCGCGCUGCUGGUCCUCAACCCGCUCCCCUCCGCGCCGCCGCGCCUCAAGCUGCUCGCGCACUCCCUUCUCGCCACCGUCUACGGCCUCCUCGGCGCCGUUCCGUCGCAGAAGCACGCGCUCCGCCGCGGCCUCAGCCUCCUCGCAUCCGCCUCCGCCUCGGGGCUUCUCCCCUCUGGCCCGGCCCUCCUCUGGACCAGUAACUUCCAGGCGCAGCUCGCCUCCGCACUCGUAGUCGACGGGGACGCCGCAUCUGCUCUCACUACUCUGUCUGCCGGGGCUGCCGCCGCUGCCGAUCUCGACAGCCCCCAGCUCGACCUAUUCUUCGCUGCCACCGCUCUCCACGUCCACCUACUCUGCUGGGAGGACAACGCCGCCGUUGAAGACGCCGUCGCGCGCGUCUCCCAGCUCUGGGAUGCGCUCACGGCCGAGCAGAAGGAGCAUUGGGUUGGGCUGUUCUUCUACACGGAGCUGCUGCAGACUUUCUACCUGCUCAGGGUCUGUGACUACAAGGCUGCCUCGAAGCAUGUGGAGAGGCUGGACACCGCUGUUAAGAGCGAGAUGGAGAGGGGACGCCGUAUUAAAGAACUUGGUACUGAACUCAGUGCAGUAGAGGGAACGCUAGCGCAGACCAUGUUGAAGGAGAGGGAGAGGGUGGCUCUAGCGCAUAAGCAGGGGCAGUUGAGAGCUCAGCUGCAAGCGUUGUGCGGGUAUGACACAUUGAAAGAUGUGUUAGAUUAUGGGGACAAGUUACUGUUGGCACCACCGCCGGUGCACGGAGAGUGGCUCCCACGGACUGCGGUGUUUGUGCUGGUGGAUCUCAUGGUUGUGAUGGUCAGUCGGCCAAAAGGCAUAUUUAAGGAGUGUGGAAAGAGAAUACAUUCAGGACUACAGCUCAUCCAUGAGGAACUCUCGAAGCUUGGGAUCGUCGAUGGUGUGACAGAGGGAGAUUUGGAACACUCAACUAUAUGGACGGCCGGGUUGUACUUGAUGCUUUUACUUCAGUUUCUCGAAAACAAUGUGGCUGUAGAACUCACGAGAUCAGAAUUUGUUGAAGCUCAAGAGGCUUUAGCACAGAUGAAAAAUUGGUUUACUCGUUUCCCAACGAUUCUCCAAGGUUGUGAGAGCACAAUUGAAAUGCUAAGGGGACAGUAUGCACAUUCUGUUGGCUGCUUUGACGAGGCUGCUUUCCACUUCCUUGAAGCAUUGAAGCUGACAGAGAACAAAUCAAUGCAAUCUAUGUGCCAAGUUUAUGCGGCAGUCUCCUACAUUUGUAAGGGUGACGCGGAAUCAUCUUCAGAGGCGCUAGAAUUGAUUGGUCCUGCUUACAGAACCAUGGACUCAUUUGUUGGGGUACGAGAGAAGACCUGUAUCAUUUUUGUUUACGGACUUCUACUUAUGAGGCAGCAUAAUCCACAAGAUGCACGGGUUCGCCUUGCAAGUGGUUUGAGAAUAGCGCACCAACAGUUGGGUAACAUCCAAUUGGUUUCUCAGUAUUUAACAAUAUUAGGUACAUUAGCACUUCAGUUACACGACACUGGACAAGCCAGAGAGAUCUUGAAGUCAUCGUUGACGUUAGCUAAGACACUUUAUGACAUCCCAACACAAAUCUGGAUCUUGUCGGUAUUUACAGAGUUAUAUCGAGAACUGGAAGAAAAGGAAAAUGAAAUGGAGAAUUCAGAAUAUGGAAGUAAGAAAGAGAUCGAUCUGCAGAGAAGGCUGGCGGAAGCUCGUUCUCGCGCUUAUCACCAGGAGCUGGUGGAGAAAGUGAGGAUCAAAGUCGAGCCGCUGCACGACUUGUUCCAGAAGCAUAACGAUAUGUCGGGCCUGCCGGCAAAUGAUGACCUUGACAUCCCAGAAUCAGUGGGGCUGUCCACUCCCCAGCCCUCGUCUGUGAGAAGGCUGGUUGAUUCAAGCUCAGUAAGGCGCAGCACAAGGAGGCGGGUGUCUUGAGUCAUGCUGGCCGUCCAUCGGAGUGAAUCGCCAUGCUCCCCAUAGAGAGAGCAUGCUUGACAUGUUAGCCUAUAGGUCCCUCAGUUGUUGUUAUUAAGUUUAUUAUUAGUUAAUUGUACACCGCUGUAGCUUCAUCUUCUGUUAACAGUUACUCCAUCUUCCAAAUUACUCGUCGUGGUUUUAGUUCAAAUUUGUACUCGUUGUGGUUUUAGUUCCACGACGAGUAAUUUGAACUAAAACCACGACGAGUAAUUUGGAACGGAGGGAGUACUAGCAAAAGAGAUCAUGCGUUGCACCAAGAGAGAAAUUCCACAGGCCCCUAACCCUAUAAUCAUGACUCAAACCCCCAUAGGUAGGUUCAGGUUCUUUAUUUCAACACAUGGUAUCUCAUCUCUGUUGACAAUCACAACGCGUUUGAAUGUGGUCAAUCUUAAAGCGUCUCUCUCUGCAUAAGAUGAGAACUUUGCUUUUUUUC